CAGAGUUUCCACCUCCUCUCUUCCUGUGUCUCUCGCUUCUUCCCUCCCGCCGUGCCUCCACCACUACCGCCCCUUUCUAGGUCCGCGAGCCAAGGAGAAGAGAAAGAAGGGGAAAAAAGUACUGGCACUCGAGUGCACAACCCUCACGACAGCGGGCCUUCCCAUACAAGUACUAUUUACGGGCUACAGCUACCUGCAUACCGCACACGCACCCACGCGCGAACUUCCCUGCGCUAACCCCCCUUACCUCCUUACGAAGCUGUAAGAAUAGGAGGAGGAACACAUUUGAGGCGGGGGAGAGGAUGUCUUCGAUUAAGAAUAAGCGUCAACAGGCUCGGAACGAGCGCAUACUUCAGGACCUCAUAAAAAGUGUUCCAGGGAAUGACCGCUGUGCGGAUUGUGGAACUAGGAAUCCAGCAUGGGCUUCUUGGAGUUUGGGGAUAUUCUUGUGCAUACGAUGCGCUUCGUUGCACCGGAAGCUAGGGACUCAUAUUUCAAAGAUUAAGUCCGUAUCGAUGGAUAUGUGGACGAACGAUCAGAUUGAUAAUAUGCGAUCUAGAGGGAACGUCAUAAGUAACACCAUUCAUAAUCCCGACGCCAGCAAGCACCCCGUCCCCCUCAACGGCGAGGACUCGGAUAGUCUUAUGGAACGGUAUAUACGAAACAAAUACGAGUACAAAUUGUUCAUGCGGGAAACUGCGCAGCCGAAGAACUCAUCUACCUCAUCUAUAUCCUCUGGUGCUUCAUCGAGCACGGGUGCUCCCCCGACUAGAUCUGUGUCUGCUGGAUACGUGGCAUCGAGAAACCCACCAGUCCGUACCUCUUCUCCGUCGUCGUCCUCUUCGAAGGCGCCCCCUGCCGGCCCAGUGGUUUUCCCGCACGGAAUGGUUGUGGCCCCGCCGUACCAAGAGCAGCUGCAGAGUCUAAAGGAUAUGGGUUUCAAGGAUGAACGGAAGAUCAUGGAGGUUCUCAAAAGCGUGAACGGGAAAAUCAUCGAGGCUUCGGAGAUUUUGUUACGACUUGGGAACAACAGCUCGCCAUCGGAUAACCCACCGGCUGGGAUUAGCAUUCAGAAGUCAGGUGGGAGCGUGAAUCCGUUCGAUGCUCUGGACCGGGAGUUACCGCCCCUACCACCUGGUGCUACGGAGGUUGGUGGGAUUAAGCCGCAGAACGUACCCCCCCAGAUAGUGCCGCAACAGCAACAGCAACAGGUUUCUAUGGGGUAUCAAAAUUCGUAUCAGACGCGGGCACCUGCCCCGGCUACGAGUUAUGGAAGCGGGCAUCAGUGGUUCGACACUCAGCAGCAGAGCCAGCAGCAAGUUAACGGAAAUACAGCAUAUGGGCAAGGACAGGGUUACCAGGGGUUCGCCCAGCAGCCGCAACAGAUGCAAACUCCGCAGACAAAUCCCUACGCUAGCUUUACUACCAGUGCUGUGACCACCUCCACACCGGCGACCGCCGGCUCUGUAAAUAUAAAUGGGGGAAUCGGCGGUUAUAAUCCCUUUUUAAGUGGCUCGGCCCCACCGAUUCAGAAGCCGUACAACCCCCCGACACAACCACCGGUCCCGCAGCAGAAUCCAUAUCUGCAGCAGCAGCAGGCUCAACAACAGCAGCAAGCGCAAUUACGACAACAGCAGUUACAGCAGCAGCAGCAAGCUCAACAACAGAUCCAGCAACAAACUCAGCAACAAGCCCAGGCUCAGACACGAACCCAGAUCCAAGUCCAAUUACAACAGCAACAGGCCCUCUACGGCUCACAGCAGCAGUGGUCACCUGCUCCCGCCACGCUUUCGUACCCCCAACAACUUCAAAUGAACCCGUACCAAUCUAACCUCCAAGCACAACAACCACCAAUCCCUCAGCGUGUUGGCAUUGAUAAAUCUUCAAUUUUGGCGCUAUACAACUAUCCUCAUCUGGCUCCUCCGCCUAAUAAUAAUCCCGCCCAACAACAGCAGCAGGAAAGCCAGGUGCCUGUUUCUAACGCUCCCCAGAGCCUGGCUACCACGUUCGCCAACGGGGGGGCAGCCCCAGCACCAGUGACCCACGGAGCGGGUAGUAACAACCCGUUCCUCCCAUCUGCCCCUCCAGUGGGUGCUGGCGGCGGUCGAGGUCACAUGAGUCAGGAAAGUGUGGAUUUUGGAGCAUGGCAGAGUGGGCGACACAGCCCCGACGCUUUUGCAAGUUUGUCGUUCAGGCAGUAGUUUUGAUAAGGGAAAAAUAUUUUCUGUCUCGUGCGGGGUUGCUUGGAGUUUUCUUAGUUGGAUGUGCUAUAUAUAUACCGCUUUUUUCAUUCUUUUCUUUGUUUAUGUUACGCUCAUUUUCACUUUUCAUUCUCUCCAUUUUUUCAUUUUCAUUUUCAUUUUCAUUAGGGCUCGGCAGGAGAAAUUGUUUUGGAGAUACCUUAGCUUUUUUGUAAUGGUGGAAGCUUUGCUUCUCGUUUUCUUUCUCCUUUGGUGUCAAUUCGAUCAAUGGGCAUGGAAAUUUGAAAUGGAUUUCCGGAGGGUGAUAAGGGGAUAAUAAGCCAUGGGGAGGGGGGGUAUAUUACAAUAUAGUAUAGUAUGUGGUAUAGUGUAGUGAGUG